CACUUUCCUCCUUCAAGAAACAGGAAGAAGACAGCUACUGUGCCACAGGACGUGCCUGUGUCAAGAAGCUCCUGAAAACCAUGGUCAACCAGCUGCAGACAGAUCAGAGCUGGAUACCCAAGGUGAUUAAAAAGAAAACAUGUUCCACCUUCCUUGAGGACACAAGUGCCCAAAGCAGGCAGCACCUCUGCCAAUGUGGCUACCCGAAGGAACACCACCAUGCGGUCGCCACCGAGGACAACUUCGGAGCGGCAAUCGUCAGCAGGUGGAACACAGCUGAGCACACGACAGAGGAGCCGACUGACGCCUUUGGGGAUGUGGAGUUUUUCGGGAAGGGGCGGAGACAUGGAAAGUUUGUCCGACUUUCUCCGGACACGGAUCCGGCCAUUGUCUACAACCUGAUCACCCAGUCCUGGAGGAUCCCACCGCCCAACCUCGUCGUUUCUGUUGUGGGUGGAGAUGCAAACCUGAAGAUGAAGGCCUGGUUGAAGGACAUCCUCCGGCAGGGCCUAGUCAAGGCCGCACAAAGUACUGGAGCCUGGAUAAUGACGAGCGGGCUACAGGUGGGGAUUGGCAAGUAUGUUGGUGAGGCAGUGCGUGAUCACGCCACCGCAAGCACACACACAGCCACCAAGGUGGUUGCCAUGGGAAUCGCACCGUGGGGAAUAGUGUACAAUAAAAAUCGUCUUGUGAACCCUAAGGGCUCCUUCCCCGUGAGAUACACAGUGAGCAACGACGAAGAGGCGCAGCACGCCCUAGAUGACAAUUACUCCGCUUUCCUUCUGGUGGACAACGGGACCAACAAUCAGAUGGGCGGCGAGAUCCAGUUCCAAGCUCGCCUGGAAGAACAUAUACUGACCCAGAGGACAGGAGUUGGCGGGAGAGGGAGCAUUGAGAUUCCAGUUCUCUGCAUGCUGAUUCAAGGAGGGCCAAACAUGUUGGAGAGGAUAUAUGGAGCCACAAAGAACAACAUUCCAUGGCUCAUCCUGGCAGGAUCAGGAGGGAUUGCAGACGUCUUGGCUGAAGUCAUAGUGGAAUCCUUCACAGCGGAGACCUUGAGGAAACAGGUGGAGGAGUGCUUGCGAAAACACGCUCCUCCUGAAGAUGUUCCCAGCCUGGUGAAGCUGGUGGAGAAGAUUGUUGAAAACAAGCAUUUGAUGACUGUCUACAAUGCAGACCUGGAGGGAGUGGAGGAGUUUGACACAAUUAUUUUGCAAGCACUGUUCAAAGCCUGUAAGAAGAACAGCACCGAUGCCCUGGCAUACCUGGAUGAGCUGAAACUGGCAGUGGCUUGGAGCCGAGUCGAUAUCGCCAAGAGCCAGUUAUUUAAUGGAGAAAUUCUGUGGAAGACCAGUGACCUGGAAGAUCCCAUGACGGCAGCUCUGGUCAAUGACAAACCGGAAUUUGUCAAGCUCUUCAUUGACAAUGGGACCAACAUGGUAGAAUACCUCUCCUAUGGGCGGUUGGAGGAACUGUACAGCUCAGUGGCAGAGAACACCCUCCUCAAUUCCCUCCUCCGCAAGAAGCAGGAGGAGAGGCGGCUCUCCCAGCAGAAGGGGUCCAAGCCUCCCCCCGGGAGCACGGGCCCGGACAGCAGUCGACGGAGUUACACGCUUUGCGAGGUGCUGAAGAUACUGAGCGAUCUGAUGGGAGAUUUUUGUGAUCCACUCUACGGAGAACUCUUCCAGUUAGCCGGAUCCAAGAAAAGGAAGGCGUUGCUGAAUCCCCAGGAAGAUUCCUAUCGGAAGAGGAAAUGUGCCAAUCCCUGGGCGGACCUGUUCAUCUGGGCAGUCCUUCAAAGACGCAGCAAGAUGGCCACCUACUUCUGGGAAAUGGGUGGAGAGUCAGUUUCCUCCGGUCUCAGCGCCUGCCUGCUCCUCAGGGGAAUGUCCCGCCUGGAACCGGAAGCGGAAGGAGCCCAGGUUAUAAAGGAAAUGGUGGCUAAGUUUCAGCAGCUGGCAGUAGACGUUUUUAAUGAGUGUUACCGGCACAACGAGAAGAGGGCCUUUCAGCUGUUGGUGCACAGAUGUCCCAUGUGGGGCAGAGCCACCUGCCUGGAGCUCGCCACCGAGGCCGACGCCCGCAACUUCCUCGCUCACGACGGAGUCCAGGCCUUCCUGAGUCAGAUCUGGUGGGGGGAGAUGGACAGAAACACCGAGAUCUGGAGGCUGAUGCUCGCCUUCUUCUGCCCCCCUUUCAUAUACAGCAACCUCAUCAAGUUCAGGAGCAGCACAGAAGACCAAGUGAUGGAAAGCUCUGCUUCUGAGCCAGAAUGUAAUGAGAAUGACAUGUUGCUGGAGGCUUCGGAGGGCUCCCGUGACAACGAGGCCGAUGUCAAAACGAAAGCCAGAAAUAGGAGGCCAUUUUGGAUGAUCCGGUGGAAGCAGUUCUGGGGAACCCCAGUGACCUCGUUCUUUGGGAACGUCAUCAUGUAUUUCGCCUUCCUGUUCCUUUUUGCCUACAUCUUAAUCCUGGAUCUAUUGCCCAUGAGUCUGUCCAACAUGGAACUCGUCCUGUACGUCUGGGUCCUCACGAUCGUCUUUGAGGAGAUUCGACAGACUUUCUUCAUCAGCAUGGACAUCCCGGUGAAGAAGAAAGUGAAGCUGUACUUCCAGGACAUGUGGAACAUUUGUGACGUCUUGGCCAUUGGUCUCUUCAUCCUCGGGGUCUCUGCAAGGAUGUUCAGGGGGUGGUACGACGCAGGGCGGGUGCUGCUCUGCCUCGACUUCAUGGUCUUCUCCUUCCGCCUGGUGCACAUCUUCGCCGUCCACAAACAGCUGGGACCGAAAAUCAUCAUCGUGGGGAAGAUGAUAAAGGAUGUGUUCUUCUUCCUGUUUUUCCUGGGGGUCUGGCUCAUGGCCUAUGGUGUGACCACCCAAGGAUUGCUGCACCACACGGAAACCCGGGCCAGCUGGAUCUUCCGCAGGGUCUUCUACAGACCCUACCUCCAGAUCUUCGGGCAGAUCCCACUUAACGAGCUUGACGCUGCUCAUAUUCCAAUCUCCAACUGCACAGACGACCCAGUUGCCAUCCUGAUGGAGGAGCUGCCUCCCUGCACCAACACGUAUGCCAACUGGCUGGUUAUCCUGCUACUGACCGUCUUCCUAUUGGUUGCCAACAUCCUGCUGGUCAAUCUGUUGAUCGCCAUGUUCAGUUACACCUUCAAUAAGGUUCAGGAGAACAGUGACAUCUAUUGGAAGUUCCAACGCUACAAGCUGAUCGUGGAGUACCACAAGCGGCCUGCCUUGCCCCCACCCUUCAUCGUCUUCAGUCACCUCAACAUCUUCAUCAAGAGGAACAUCCGGAGGGUCCCGUCUGUGAAGAGCAAGGUCUUCGUGAUGGACUUCCCAGAGUCGGUUGCCAGCAAGCUGAUGACAUGGGAAGCAGUGCAGAAAGAGAACUAUCUUGUGUGCCGCAACAGGGCCAAGCGAGAGAGCAACGUGGAGCAGCUGAAGAGGAUAGUGCAGAAGGUGGACAGCGUUCUGAAUUGCAUAACCGACAUCAGAGAGCAUGACAGGCGCCUGAGAGUCCUUGAAGAACAGGUGGAUUACUGCACUGAAGCCUUAACGUGGUUAGUGGAAUCCUUAAUGCAAAGCGACCUCAUCAAGAAUGCCAAGGCCCCACCAUGUUUACAGACGCAUCAUAUAAAAUAGACAUAAAGCCAUAGCUAUCAGAAAGUGAAAACGGCCUCACCAGUGUUAAUGGAUGGAGAUGGAUUGUACAAGCCAAGAUCUUGACCUCCAUCCUGUCAUCAACUUUUCCACAAAUGCUGUAUUGGGAUCCCGUGCACCAGAGUCCAGAGCUCACAUCUUUGUUAUUUUUCUUGUCAUCAAAACAGAAGUUCACAAUGACAACUGUUCCUUAGCCUUUACCGUGUUUUGUGUGUGGGGGAGAGCAUGGAGUGACAGGGUCAGUUCUGAAUCAGACUGGCAAAGAGCCAACCUGUACAAAAUGGGCAGGAUAUCCCGCACCAGUGCAGGCCCACCUGGUUAACAAAUGAGUUCUGAUUUUACAGACAUCCAUAAGUCGAUUUUGUCCAUGUCGGAAAAUACAUGAAAAUUACUGGAUAUGGUAAACACACCUCCACAGUAUUGUAAUAAAUGGCAUCAAAAGACCGAUAAGAAUGAACAGUUACUAAGAGUGGAGAGAAUGAGGACACUAGUUCUGCCAUUCGUAGGAACGAACAUACGUACUUGUGUCAGACUUCUGAAUUUAGUAAUAUUAUGGGAGCUCGUUCGUAUGCAUGUGUAUCCAUAAGUCAGGUGUUCGAACCCAGGAUGGCCUGUAUUGUAAGCUUGAUUCUACUCUAUAAGGUACAGUACAUUCAUCUGAGCAAGUGGAAUGAAUUACAGUUUAAACCAACAGCAAGUUUAGGAAAGUUUCAGUCUCCUUGCUCAUUCUGCUCCUUUGCCUAUGCACUCUGAGCCUG